AUGACCUCCGAUAAUGCAGAUACUCGGCCUCGAGACCCCGCGCCGAAGGGAAAAUCCCGCAAAACGGAUCCGAACGCUCCGAUCAGAAAACGUCGCAAGAGAACUGUGGUCAGCGGGGCCCCCGAUGACUGCUUCGCUUGCUCCAAGCGAGGGGCACGGUGUGAUCGCCGCCGACCGUAUUGCUCUCAAUGUCUAGACAUGGGUCGCGAAUGUUCCGGGUACAAGACAACGUUAACAUGGGGCGUUGGGGUCGCAAGUCGAGGCAAGCUUCGCGGUCAGGCACUGCCAGUGAUGGAGUCGGAUGAACAGGCGCAAAGGGAACCUGCCAAAUCACCGCCGAAGGCAUCGAGUAGCAGUGCUGCGUCUUCUUCGCGGCUUCCGUCAAACUCAGUCCCGCCGCCUCCGGCCUCCGGCCCACCAAUGUCUCAUUUUAGCGCAGGAAAUCCGAAUGUGAAACUUGAAGGCAGUCCGCCAACCAUGAUGAAUUCGUUCGACAUGGCAUCCAACAUGGCCUGGGCAAUGGACAUGCCCGAUCCACAAACGUGGAGUACACCCGCCCCUGCGCCUAAGAUCUCAGGGCUUCCGUUGCCAACUCGGCCAUUGAUCCCAAAUAAUACCACCCAGGCCAUGACGCCAGAGACGCCGUUGCUCUAUGCUCCGAUCCUAAGUCCGACGGCAAGCUUCAGCUCUCCAGUUUGGCCUACGGCAAUGACUUACUCAAAUCAGCCUGCAACCCCACCAUCAUCACAGGAUGUGGACGAAGAGGAAGUCAAGCAAGAUCCUAAUUAUAAUAUGCUGUGGAACGCCGCACAUUCUCCGUCUCUUUCUCAGCUUCUUCUGGCGAGAUCCGUGGGUCGAACUCCGCGCAUUCGAUAUCUUAUCAGCUAUUAUGCUGAAGUCAUAGCACCCAUGAUCGUUGCUUUCGAUACUCCAACGAAUCCGUUCAGGACCCAUGUUAUUCGACUGGCCAUGGAGAGUGAGGCUCUCCAGGAAGCAAUAGCGACAUUGGCCACAAGUAACUUGCGCCAAAGGAGAGAACAUAACCACCUCUCCACUGAACGAACCUUGCCCGCACGCAUGUCCUCGAUGGCCCACCGGGCGCUCACAGAUGAAGACUUUCAAGAUCGAUAUGGCAUUUCGAUGACUGAGGGUUAUAUCAGGGAAGAGAAUCAUCACCGUGGAAUGGCUGUCAAGGCACUGAACGCAGAUCUUGCGGAUCCUCGCCGUAGACUGUCAGACUCGGUAUUGGCAACUCUUCUGAUGCUCUGUCUUUUCCACGGCUGUGAUACUGGUAUUGCUGAAUUCAAAUCGCAAUUUGCUGGCGUCACAAGACUUCUCGCGAUCCGGAUGCGCCAUUCGCGCGUCAUGACGGAUGACCUCAAGUGGUUCAUCCGCAUGUUCUCAUGGUUUGAUACCUUAACGGCAACUACGAAUGACCGAGAUGUUCAACUUCGCGGAACGUGUUUGGAAAUCAGCUCCAAGACGGACGGUGAAUGGGGUCUGGAGAACUUGGCUGGUUGUGAUGGUCGUUUGUUCAAAUUGAUCUCUCAACUAGGCCGUUUGAACCUUCUCAGUCAGGAUGAAGAGCCCAAUCUAUCGCGUCCUCAAGAUGCGCAUAUCGCCACGACUUCCUUGCCUCCCAAUAUGCUGUUCCCGGGAUGGGAGAACGUCGUCUCAGAUCCCGGAAUGAGCUCUGUUCCGCUACCAGGGCAAGAGUUUUCUCUACCGACCCCACCUUCCAGUAGCGAUUCCAGCCGUCGACCUUCUUCUCCGGCGUUUUGGACCGAGUGGUAUUCGCUCAGGCAGCGACUUGAAUCCUGGAGAUUCGACCCACCUACUGCAUCAUCCGGGCCCGCCGAUGCCUUUCCUUCUCCGCCCUUGUCGGCAGCUACAAUGUCUUGGAAUGCUACGACAUACAUGGCGCCGAUGACUUCAACAUCGGCUUACCAAGUAGCACCCGAGAACCUGCAGGAUGUCUUCCAGAUCUCUGAAUGCUUCCGUCAUGCCGCCCUCCUGUACUGUGAACGUCUAGCCGAGCCUACGCUUCCGUCCCGGCACGGUCGGAUCCAACACCUUGUCCAGCUUGCUAUGCACUGUAUCGUCACCGUCCAGUCAGAUGUGUAUCUUUUGUGGCCACUCUUCAUUGUCGGCUCGGAGUGUGUUCAGGAAGACCAUCGUUCAAUUAUUCGCAAUCGUUGCAUCGACAUUUCUAAGGAUUCCGGCUUCAUUAACAAUCUUUCCUGUCUGGAACUCCUCGAAAAGAUAUGGGCUGAGCAAUCCGACGAAUCUUCGUUCCCAGUCUACCCUAGCGAGUUUGCUGCCCCGCCUCCUCUGGCAGGUGGUAGGGCACCUACGACCUCGCAGGCUUUCCGGUGGUCCCGAGUUAUGCAGGCCAAGCGGGGCGACGGAGAGUAUAUGGUCGCAUAG